GUUGCCACUUAUAUACCCCAGUUGGCGAGAGCUGAUCCGGAAGCAUUUGCGAUCUCUGUAUGCACUGUCGAUGGCCAACGAAAGAGUUGGGGUGAUGCCUUGAAGCCUUUUUGCCUUCAGUCAGUUUCGAAACCAUUUACGUACGCGUUGGUUCACGACGAAAUCGGUCCGGAUGACUUGCAUACCUAUGUUGGACAAGAGCCCAGCGGACGACUGUUCAAUGAUAUUUCUCUCGAUCACAAUAAAAAGCCGCACAAUCCGUUGAUCAACCGCUGCGGCGAUCGUAUGGCAUCUUUGAUGAAGCGUAAUGCAUCACUAUCGGACCGCUUUGACUUUGCUAUCCACCAAAUGCGAAGAUUUUGCGGUGCCGGCUACGUGGGUUUCAAUAAUGCUGUAUUCCCACCUGAUGCGCAUCUCCAAGACACCUUGGAUUUAUACUUCCAACUCUGUUCAAUUGAAACAAAUUGCGACACCAUGGCUGUUAUGGCGGCGACGCUGGCCAACGGCGGAGUGAAUCCAAUGAACGGCGAGAGGGUCAUCAACAAUCGGUAUCGUUUCUAG